GGCGGGGUCCAACAACAAGCUCGACAACAAUCCAGCGACCCACAAGUAUCAGAUGGCAGAGGAGGGGGCGACUAUUCAGGAUACCAGAGCAAAUGCAGGCAUGAUAACGUAUGCCAAGGCCAAGUUGCCCGUUGCAUAUCGAGCCUGCGUGAACCACCAUGGCAUCCAGCAGCAGCUAGACCGAGCAGGCCACCGCGUGAUCAACGACAAGCACGGGAAGAUGGGCGCCAGUGCAAGGGGGCAGUUGGGAAGCCGCCGCGCGGGCGUGGGCUUCCGCGGCCGCGCGCGCGUCGAUUUCGCCGGCGAGAUCGAGGACGGCGACCAGGCGAAUUUCGGCGGCACUGAUAGGGUUGAAAUCGGCGACCAGACGGCCGCGGGCGGACCCCGGGGGGGCCUGCGCAGGGGCGCCGGGCCCCCCGCGGCGCAGCCAGACGGCCGCGUUGACACCAGUGACCACGGGAACAGAUGCGUCCUAGUUUGCGCAGCAACCCGCGGCAAGAGCAGGGGCUCGCAGCCGCGACAAGCAGCGCGCGCGAGGGCGCAGACAGCCAGCGAGGCCAAUUGCAGGUCAGCUAGCAUAUGGCAUGACUUCGACAACGCCACGGCGCAGCCAGGCCGCCGCCCCGCGGAGGCGAGCUCUGCGCUGGAGGCCAUUGUCCGACCGCCGAGGGGCAGGGUUCUAGGAUUCAAUGCCGGCGCGCUCCGAAAUCCUGGAGCUCGCGCGAAGUUCCACGGCGCCAUUAGGCAGAUCCCGAGCGUGUUAUGGGAGACUGAUGCGAAUGACCACCCCGAGGACAUCCAAGAGCGGGCUUCGAACCAGGAAAAGAAGCUCAAGCCGUUCGGGAUCGGGGGGGGCAGGAAUAUGCACUUGUGCAGCGCCAUCCCCAAGAGGCACCAUAGAUUUCUCAGCCAGUACGCAGUCGACCUGUUUACAUCGCUCGCGGCCGCCGAGGUUCGGGGCGACCCUCCCGCGGCAGUGGGCGCUGGCCAUUGCCCGAGCCUCUGCAGACGGCCAGCUGGGCGACGGAUCCACGGCGAGAGGCGCGACGCAGCCAGCGGGGCCGAGGCCGCGCAGACGAAGGGCUUCGUGACCCUCGCAAGCGAGCGAAUCGAGGCCUACGGGGCCAUAGGACGGAGGCCGCCGACGUUCGGCGGCCAGGGGGAGCACUGGACGGAGUGGUCAUUCGCGACGGGGGCGCACCUGGGCGGCCAGACAGCACAGGAGCAGAAACUACUGGAGGCGGCCGAGCAGCGGGGCGAUCCCGACAUCAGCACGGCGGAGACGCUGCACAGGCUUGGCGCAGAGGGAGUCGCGGCCACAAGGAAGACGUUUUUCUCGCUGGUCAUGACUGCGAGGGGCAGCGCGCAGAUGCAGAUCAGAAGCGUGGAGGACCAGAACGGCGCGCUGGCGCGGCGAGCAUUCGUCAAGAGGUACGAACCCGCGACGGCCAUGCGCGCGCAGAGCAUCAUGGCUGCGAUUCUCAACGUGAAGCCGUUCCCUUCAGACUUGUCGGGGUUCGAGCAGCACCGCGCUGACUGGGGGCGGGACAUCAGGCGGUGCGAGACGGCGUCUGGUGAGGUGUUCAAUGCGGGCAUUAAGAAGAGCACCUACUUGCAGAAGGCGCCGAAGAACAUCCGCGCGAUUUUUCAGAUUCAGAGCGAGAGGAGCUACAACGAGCUGGUCAGCAGCGCGAUCCAGUACCUACAGGCGGCGACGGUGUACAAGGACGGCCACCAGCAGACAUGGGCGGCACCACAGAGCCCAGGGGGAGACGGUGGCAAAGGAGGUCGCCCAACAGGAGCCAUGGAGGUGGACGCGCUGACGAGGCAGCAUCCCAAAGGCAGGGGCACGGGCGACAAAAGCAGGGGCAAUGAUGCCAAGGGCAAAGGUAUGGACCAGAAGGGCAAGGGCGCGGAUCCCAUGGCGAGGGCAGCCGCAGCACGUCAACCAGCAUGGAACACGACAAGAGUACCUGGGGCGAGGCUGCGCUACAAAUGCGGCCAGAGGGGACACUGCGCGAGGGACUGUUGGCACCGACCGGAGAACCCAACUUACGACACGGGCAAGCACACAGGCAAGAAGGGCCAGGUCUACAGCAUGAUGGAGGACGGACUGCGGCGCGCGUUCUGGAUGCUGACAGACAAUUGUGCGGACGAGCGCGUGCGCGGGCAGGGGGGCUUCCCAUGCGCGGAGAUCAAGCCUGGACGGAAUCCCAACCCGACGGUCGCCGACGGUGCCCCGCUGAAGCACAACGGCUCGAAGACGGUGGCGCUCUACAUAGCAGGCGACAGGCGCAUCAUCAUGGAGUUCCAGACGGCAGGACUGGUCAAUUUCGCGAAGAUAAACAACCACUACGCUCUGGAGUGCUGGACCAAGGUGCGCGACGACAUGGAGGAGAUCGAGAGGCACGAGCUGACGCACUACCCAGCGGAGCCGUGGUGCGAGAUCUGCGCCCAGGCGAAGGCAAACGACUUAGCCCACAAGCAGAAGGACGGGCGCGACGAGCUGAUCCCCUGGCUGAGUUUCGACUGCGGCCAGGCGGGCAUCGAAGGGGACCCCGUCAACUUGGAGUUCGUGGUGGGCAGCGACGCUUCGGCCAGGGCGAUCAAGGAAGGCAUCUGCGAGACGAUCUUCACGCGGCAGUCGGAAAGGCACAACAGCCGAGCGAACGGCAGGGCCGAGAGAACCAAGCAGACAGUGAGGAAGCAGGCGAGGACGCUGAUGCUGCAGGUCAUCAAGAGGCACGCAGCGUGGCUCUACGAAAGGUGCAUGGUCAGGGGGGGCACCGACCUCACGCCGUACGAGAAGACCCACAUGCCAAAGUACCAGUCACGGGCGGCGAAGAGGAAGGUGGAGAGCCGACGCUGGGACAUGGAGCUGUUCGACAAGAUGAAGUGGACGCCCUGGGAGCCGACGCCAACGACACCCUACGACGACGUGGACAUGGACAAGAGGCGGCUUGAGGCGAAGAGGCCCAGAGACGAGGAGGCAGGUCCGUCGGCCCCGAGGACGACGCCGCCACAGCCAGCGGGCAUUCCGCUGGCGGAGAGGAGCCCCAAGCGAGAACGUGACGGCGGCGAAGGAGGCGAAGGCAAGAAGUCCAGGAUCGACGCCAUCCAGAUGGCCAACGCGGCCAGGGAGAUGCGCGAAGAGCCGAAGGUGGAGGAUGAGGAGACGCAUGCGCUGGAGGGCGACUUCACAGAGGCAAGGAAAGAGCACUUGGAUAAGAUCGCAGGUGAUGGUAAGCAGAUGGUGAAGGUGAUCCCGAUCGACGAGACGACGUCCAGGGUGAUCCCGAUCAAGGUGAUCCCGAUCAAGGUGAUCCCGAUCAACGAAUUCAUGACAGGGAAGUGGUUCGGCACCUACCAUGCGGACGGCAGCAAGAAGAGUCGGUGGACCACGAGGGUGAUGCUGGUCAACGCGGAGAUACACGACCACGCGGUGGCGCUCGGCGUCUGCAGCGGGGCUAUCUGCCAGGCGCCGCUCACCGAGGACCGCGCCUUCCCAGAGCCACCGCCAGAAGCUGGUCGCUACGACGGGUGUCCCUUCAUGAAGCUGAGCAACAAGAUGAAGGCAUAUAGACAUGCCGACGACUUUCUGAUCACGGGGCCACGCGACGAGGUCGACAAUCUGCCGGAGGUGAUGCGCAAGAGGCUGAAGCUGUCAGACGUGGCGAAGCUCACCAAGAAAGGAAGCCAGGCGUCGUUCGUGGGCACGCAGGUGGAGAAGGUCGAGGGCGGCUACGCGAUCAGUGGCAAGACGAGCUUGAUCGAUGAUAUGUUGAAGGAGCUGGGCCUUGAUAGCGCUAAACCAGCAGCGUUGCCCGAGACCAAGAACGAGGUGAACAUGGGGGGCGACGCGGUGAAGCUGGACGCGGCUGGACAUAGCCGCCACAGGGUACGCGUGGGGAAGUUGCUGCAUUUGGCGAGCAACCGUCCCGACAUUCAACGCGCAGUUGGAGUCCUAAGUCUGCGCAUGUCGGGGCCGACGGAAAAGGACUUGAGGAGGUUGAAGAAGAUGUCUCGGUACCUGGCGGGCACCCGCGACUACAGGACGCAGCUGGUUCCUAACGAGGGGGGUGUACUGCAGUACCACGGGCGCGCCAUCCUGUCGUGGUCGAGGCGCCAGGGCUGUGUGGCACUGAGCUCGGCGGAGAACAAGUUGUACGCUUUGGACUCAGGUCUGGUUCCAGAGAUGGGCCUGGCGACCUC